CUGGACAGAGAGAGUGAGAAGAGGAGGGCAGGCCUAUUCACAAACUCUCAACUCCAAACCCAUUCAAUGUCUAACUCAGUUCACUUAGCGCUGGAACGCGGGGACGCGCAUUUACUCCGGCUCUGCUCAGACACUUUGGGGAACUUUUUACAGCCUGGAGAUUAAACAGGCUGUGUGAGGGGUUGAUGAUUGCUUCUAGAGAUAGUUGGAAAGAACAUCAGAGCAGUUCAGGUUUAUUUUGUUACUAUCUGAUUUCUGAGUUCGUAUUGGAGCGAAUCUGAUUUGUCGGGAACGCGCCGCUCCUCGUGUUUAAACCACAACACUCAAAGUUCACACACGUCUGGUUUCCACCUGUUGCAUUGUAGUGGCGGUGGUGCUGCUGGUGUUGGUGUUGAAUCAGGACGUGGAGAGGAGAGGAGAGGAGAGGAUCAGGGCCGGAGCUGAGGAGCAGCACCGCCACCCGACACCACACUCCUGCCUGCUGGCGCACAGACCUCACUGUUUACCUCCACAGCUAAACAACCGGAGCUCAGAAAUAAGUUACACUUAGACCUUUCCAGGAGUAUAAUUUGUACUUUUUCCAAUACUUUGUGUAAAAAUCAGAGUGCCGUCCUGUAGAUCAGCUUGCAGAUCUGUGGAGCUUGGAGAAAGUUUUGGAAAGCGGCGCACAACCACGACGCACUUUCUGUUCCUCCUGCUCUGCCAAACAAGAUCACGUCAGACCGGGACCGCUGAUAAUCACCCGAUAUUGCUCCACCUCGGUGAAGAAAUUUGUGAGGUGAAAACCCGCUGUGAGCGCUGCUCCAGGCUGACGACACUGGUGGGUUUCUGACUGGAGCUUGGGAGUUUAAAGCCACCAAAGCAAGACUCUCAACUCCUCAGCUCAAUCGGAUUGACGCAGAGCUCACAGAGGAGAGAUGGAUGUCGGAAUGAGGCAGACGCACAGCGCCUCGGCAGGAGUCCACCUACUGCUGGCACUCACACUGAUCGCCUGUAACUCUCAGCUUCUGGUGCAGGCUAACUCGUGGUGGUCUUUGGCCAUGAACCCUAUCCAGAGGCCAGAGAUGUACAUCAUAGGCGCACAGCCUCUCUGCAGCCAGCUCACAGGCCUGUCUCAGGGCCAGAAGAAGCUGUGCCAGCUCUACCAGGACCACAUGGUCUACAUCGGCGACGGCGCAAAGACGGGCAUCAAGGAGUGCCAGUAUCAGUUCAGGCAGAGGAGGUGGAACUGCAGCACCGUGGACAACACAUCUGUAUUCGGCCGCGUCAUGCACAUAGGCAGCAGGGAAGCAGCGUUCACGUACGCCAUCAGCGCAGCAGGUGUGGUGAACGCAGUGAGCCGAGCUUGCAGGGAAGGCGAGCUCUCAACAUGCGGCUGCAGCCGAGCCGCUCGACCCCGAGACCUGCCGAGAGACUGGCUGUGGGGCGGCUGCGGGGACAACGUCAACUACGGAUACCGCUUCGCUCGGGAGUUCGUGGACGCACGAGAGCGAGAGAAGAACUACCCCAAGGGUUCGAUAGAUCAUGCACGCACGCUAAUGAACCUGCAGAACAACGAGGCUGGACGAAUGGCGGUGUAUAAUCUGGCUAAUGUGGCGUGUAAGUGCCAUGGCGUCUCCGGUUCGUGCAGUCUGAAGACUUGCUGGUUACAGCUUGCUGACUUCCGGCGUGUUGGUGAGUUCCUGAAGGAGAAGUACGACAGCGCCACGGCCAUGCGCAUCAACCGGCGUGGCAAGCUGGAGCAGGUGAACCAGCGCUUCAACGCUCCCACCUCUGAGGACCUGGUGUACAUCGACCCGAGCCCGGACUACUGCCUGCGCAACGAGAGCACGGGCUCGCUGGGAACGCACGGCCGUCUCUGCAACAAGACCUCGGAGGGCAUGGACGGCUGUGAGCUGAUGUGCUGCGGCCGCGGAUACGACCAGUUCAAGACCUACAAGCACGAGCGCUGCCACUGCAAGUUCCACUGGUGCUGCUACGUCAAGUGCAAGCGUUGCACGUCACUCGUCGACCAGUUCGUCUGCAAGUAACCAAGACACUGGUUAGAGACACACUGAGCAAUUAGCAGGCGAGAUGGGGACGGACCUUCUGGGGCCCAGAAGGAGUGAAAUGUACUAAAAUGAUAAAUAAAAUCUAAAGAAAUGUUUAAGUAUAGGUAUUAAUUAAGUACAAGCGUGUGGUGGAUGGUGAUUUUUCGACACUUUGCUUUCACUCAAGAGGAAAAGACGAGGUAUGAUGAGAAGGAAGUUUUGCUUUCAGGCCUUCUUUCCCUUGGUAGCGUCUCAUGAGAAAGAAACUGUCUACAAAAACAGAUUUAUCACGCUAGUAAUCCAGCAUGCUGCUCCGCCCACUCCUCUCACGGACGCUCCCUAAACCUCCCCUGCGACAGAGCUCUUAAAAUCCUCGGGUCAGCCCCUGACCUCGAAUGCUGGACUAUGGAUGAUGCUGUGUGUGUUGACCUGUGAAAUCUAUGUUGCUAGUUAAAGCAUUUAUAGUCACCAAAAUGUCUGACUGUACCCUGAUGAUUUAAAAGCACCACCAGACACUAGUUUUUGACCUUGAGAAGCUUUUAGCUCGGUUCACUAUGAACUGUUGUGACGUUCAGAGCUCUCUCUGUCUGUGAGGGUCUUCCCUCUUACCGUCAUCUCGAGGAAUUUCAUCUCCUCCAAGGAUAUCCAAUGAUCAAGUGCCUCAAAACAGUGAGCCACGUAUUCAGAUUUUAAAAAAGAGCAAAGGAAAAAAAUGGGGCUUUGUGAUAAGGACUGCAAAAUAAUAUUUUAGCCAAACAACAGUGGUUCAGAUUAUAUUUUAUUAAUUGCUUGUCAUGUUAUACAUCGUAUGUAUUGUUCUGAUUAUUAUUUUUUGAUACAGAGGCUUCUACUGUCGAGUUUUUAUUUUAGCAGGGGCAAUAUAGCCAGGCCAUGGAGGAAGAUUUUAGUAAAAUGGCCUUUUGUCAAUCAGUGAGUGAAUGCAAAACUUGUAAAUAACAGUCCAUGUAUGCAAAUUACACUUCAUGAUUACGACGUCCAUGAUUUUAUAUGUUAAUCCAGAUCGUUUGCUGGCUAAUGACCAUAUGCUUGUUGUGUAUAUGUAUUUCCCCAUCAUUCAAACCAGUAAUAUUAAAAUUAUUAAUAGAGAUGA